AUUUGUUUGUUUGGUUGAAAUAUCACAGGGUCUAACUUAGAAUGGAGGAUGGCAAUGGAAAAGUGAAAGGUUCGAGUAAGAAGAGGUUGAGAAAACCUAAAAGUUUGGAAUUUGUUGGGUGGGGUUCGAAAAAUCUGAUUGAGUUUCUUGAGUCACUUGGUAGAGAUACUACCAACAAGAUAUCUGAGAAUGAUGUUACAGCGAUUAUAAUGAACUAUAUCCGCGAGAAAAACCGUGAAACUCCUUUGAAGAGCAAGAAGAGGAGAAAGACAGUAGCUUGCGAUGAGAAGUUGCGUUUGCUUUUCGGGACUCAGAAGAUAAAUGUAAUCAAAGUCCCUGAUUUGAUAGAGAAGCAUUAUGUAGAGAAUCAGGAGGACUCAUACUUUGAUUAUCUAUACUCUCCAGAGGAUGAUAAACAACAGAGAUUGUCUCCAUCAGAUAAGGUGGCUAAACAGACAAAGCAGGUUGUGUCAAAGCCUAAAGGGACUUUUGCUGCGAUAGUGCGCGAUAAUGUGAAGCUUCUGUAUUUAAGAAAGAGUUUAGUCCAGGAACUAGCAAAGUCACCUGAAACUUUUGAGAGCAAAGUGGUUGGGACUUUUGUGAGGAUCAAGAAUCCCUGUCAGCUUGUUCACGUGACAGGUGUGAAGGAGGGAAAUCUGAUUGAUGGUAAUCUUCUUCAGGUUACAAAUUAUUCGUAUUAUCUUAAAGAUGUUACGACCUCUUCCCUAUCAGAGGAUGAUUUCUCUCAGGAGGAAUGUGAAGAACUGCAUCAAAGAAUAAAUAAUGGCUUUGCUAAGAGACUUACAGUUGUGGAUAUGGAAGAAAAGGCUCGAAGUUUGCAUGAAGAUGUGACAAAACAUUAUCUGGAAAAAAGGGAGCUUCUUCAGAAUCCGGAAGAACAAUCGAGGCUAUUGGAUGAAGUACCAGAAAUUGUGGCAGAAGAACUUGAACCUGAAUGUGUAGAUGAUGAUAGAGAAAUAGAAAAUGACCUCAUUGUACCAAACUCUGAGGCUCAUCAAAGUGAUGAAGAACAACGACGAAGAGAUUCACCAGUUUAUUCUAGUGUCAAGAAAAGUCUAGAAAAUUCCAAGCUUCUUAAGAAUCCGGAAGAACAGUUGAGGCUGUUGCGUAAAGUUCCUGAAGUUGUUGCAGAAGAACCUGAACCUGAGUUUGUAGAUAAUGAUGGGAAAAUAGAAAAUGACUUCAUUGUACCAAACCCUGAGGCCUUCACUGAGGCUCAGCAAAGUGAUGAAGAAAAACAACCAAGUGAUUUACCAGAUUCUAGUAUCCAUAAAACUCUAGAAAAUUUCGAGAUCUGUGAUGGAGAAGACCAGCCAAUACAGACUGCUUCUGCAGGUAACAAGGAUCUCCAUGAAGAUGUGUACGAGCCGCCAACAAAUGGCAUCACACAGAACAAGGACUCAAUCACUAAAGGAGAAAUGAAUACCAAAGUCAGUCAGCAUCAGUCAAGUACUCCAGUGAUUGAUCUCUCUAACCAACCUCAAGCUCAAUCAAUUCCACUUGAGAUUAUCGAAUUGAGCGAUGAUGACAGUGAUGACGACAAGGACAAAGACGAUCAAGCUUACCAGAACUAUGAUCCAAAGAAGGUGAUGUGGUUCUAUGAAUUUCCUAAAGGAAAAACACAUGGACCAUUCUCUCUCACAGAUCUCAAAACGUGGAGUGAUGAAGAGUACUUUGUUGGAGUCCCAGAUUUCAAAGUAUGGAAGACAGGAGAGAGUGCAGUGUUACUGACCAAACUUCUAUCUCAUAUCAAAACCUAAUUGAAGAACUUGCAAAAAGCUUAGAAUUAAGUCUGAAAAGUGUGUAGUUUGUUUGUUUCUCUAAAACAGUUGUUGCUGAAUUUAGUGCACAUAAUGCAAAGAUUCUGACUUUUGUUAUUAAAAAGUCUCCUCUUAA